AUGUGUUUCUCGGUUGACAGCAGCAACAACGACGGCAACAGUGGCUGCGCCAACGCGCCGCGCCCUUUCGUCGGGCUCAGGGCCCACGAAGGAGGGCUCGGGCGGCAAAUCCUCGCCGCUGCAGCAAAGAGAACCGAGUGGAGGGGUCCAACGCAAAAGUUUCGGGCAGUGAGUGCCGGCCCCGGCGGCAUGGAAGGGCCACUCAGCGUCUGGGCGAGCUGCAUCAGCGGCUGGCACUUAUGCUGGGUGGUGCUCGACGACCGAAACGGCAUGCUCUACCGGUUCAAGUCACAUCAACAGAGGCGGCAACGACUUGGCCUGCUAGCUAAAUUCGGCGGCAUCAGUCUCCUGGGUGCCAUAGUGACGAAAGAUCCCAGAGAAUCCAAUGGUUUCUCCAUUGUCUCUGAAGGACGAGAGUACAGAUUCCAGGCUCCGAGCGAGGAAGAGCGCGACACGUGGGUCAUGGAGCUCGAAGAGGCGGUUCUUCGACAGAUGGUCUCUCGCCGAGCUUACCACAUUUGGGACAGGCGAUACAUCGGGCCGACUCUGGCCCUGGUGAACGCCAAGCUGCAGGACGCUGGACUUUUGUACGAGGAGCUGGCAUGCAGUCUGCAGGAACUCGACCGACGUUGGUCGACUGAGGAGGCGGGCCAGAGAACGCGAUGGCCGGGCGUCAUACGAGACUUACUGGCGUUCCUUACAACUGCCCGUGCCGCCAUGGCUUUGCUGGAAAACCUAAAGGAAAUGAUUCUUCCGGGCCUACUGGCGCAACUAGACACAAUGCAGCCACGAAAGAAAGCGGCCACCAUGCUCAGCCUGCUCAGGACGCAGGCUGCAGGCCUAGCCGUGGACCCGCUAUCCGCGCUGCUACACCUAAACCCGGAGCCGACGCCUGAAGGCAGCGCGUUGCUUGAGCCGGCACUCCUGGGCUCGCGCUCCCGCCUCCAUCACCCGCUGUCCGAGAUGGUGCACGCCGACCACGCGGGAUACGCGUCGAGAUUCGGUGCGCGAUAA